AUGCCUCCUAAAACUAGAAAACGAAAACAAAAUGAAGUCACUUCAGAAUUAGAUGCUCUAAGGUCUAAAAAUAUCAGAAAUACUGAUGUUAAUGACAUCAACAACAAUACCUUAUAUAAUGAAAUUACUGAAAGUCCAUCGCGAUCUCCACUCAAUGAAUCUUUUACUAAUAUACUGGAAAAUUUGUCUAUUGAUCCAAAAGACACUUCAGGUGAAGAAAGUAAAACAAUAGAUUUAAUAUUAGAAACUACUAAACAAAUAUUGACACAAAGUAUUUCGAUUAUAGAAAGACAAGAUGCUUUGGAAACCAUAAUUACUCUACUCGCUAAUGGUGUCAAAAAUUUACAAUCUUCAUAUAAAUAUUUCAAAUCAAAUAUGAAAGAUCAUGAUCACAAAUGUCAACUAGCUAAUGAAAAGUUAGAAUCAGUUGCCAAGAAGGUAUUCAGUCAACAACCUACAAAAAAUCAAUAUGCAGUAACACAAGCUAUAUUACACAACUUGUUUAAUCCUGAAAUUGUCAAAAUUAAAUUUGAUAAAAGUACUACUUUAGCAUUAAACUAG